AUAUACGAAGCAAUUAGCAAAUUAGGUUUAUCUCUUUUUCGCUUGCAUUUACUAUCCGUCUUUGACGUGUAAUCGUAAUGUAGUGUGCUAUUGCAAUGCAAUGCAAUUAAUAAUUAUUCAUGUGUGCGUAAUGCGUUCAGCGUUAGUGUAUCUUUUAUAAACACCGAAUGUUCAAUGUUGUCUGGGUAACCUAUCUAUAAUUUAAAUAUCAUUGAGUACGUCAUAUACGUUUCUUAUAUACAUUAUAAUGUAGGUACAGUCCCUAUAUCAUAAUAUUAUUUAAUCAUAGAUAAAAUUUUCUAAACAUAGUUUUGUUUAAAUAUAAGUUAACAUUAAAUAUGAGCUACUAUAUCCGAAAUAUAUUUAGUUUUUCACAUGCGAAUUCAUCCCGAACGAAUCGUUUACUACUUAAAACAAAGCAGCUGAAGCAUGCAAAUGCAUUUCAGAGGAAUCAGAUUAAACUAUUUAGCAAUGAUGUUUCUACUGCUGAAAAUCAGAUAGAAUCGCCGUUAGUGGAUCUUCAUGGACGCAAACAUGAUUACCUUCGUAUUUCUAUCACAGAACGCUGCAAUCUUCGCUGUCAGUACUGCAUGCCGGCAGAGGGAGUGGAGCUGAGCGCGCGCUCCGAGCUGCUGGGUCGUGACGAGCUGGUGCGACUGGUGAGCGUGCUGGCGGCGCGCGGGGUCUCCAAGCUGCGACUGACGGGCGGGGAGCCCACGCUGCGCCGCGACCUGCCCGACCUCGUGCAGCAGCUAUCGUCCGUGGCGGGCGUGCGCACCGUGGCCAUGACCAGCAACGGCGUGGCGCUGAGCCGCCAGCUGCCCGCGCUGCAGCGGGCCGGCCUCACCGCGCUCAACAUCUCGCUGGACUCGCUGCGCCCCCACAGAUACGAGCGCAUGGCGCGCCGCCCGGGCCUACCAAAGGUGUUAGCGUGCAUAGAUCUGGCGUUGCAACUUGAGUUCCAGCCGGUUAAGAUAAAUACUGUGCUUAUGAAAGGUUUUAACGACGAUGAGGUGUGUGACUUCGUAGAGUUGACGCGCGAGCGACUCGUGGAAGUCAGGUUCAUUGAGUUCAUGCCGUUCUCGGGCAACCGCUGGCAGGACUCCCGCAUGGUGGCCGGCGCCGCCGUGCUGCGGCAGCUGCGCGAGCGAUACCCGCGCCUGCAGCCGCUGGCGGCCGCCGCGUGCGGCACCGCCGCGCGCUGGCGAGUGCCGGGGUACGCGGGCUCGGUGGGGCUCAUCUCGUCCAUGACACAGCCAUUCUGCUCUUCCUGCAAUCGACUGCGACUCACCGCCGACGGAAACCUCAAGGUCUGUCUGUUCGGCUCGGCGGAGGUGUCGCUGCGGGACGCAAUGCGCGCCGGCGCAGACGACCGCGAGCUGGGCGCGUUGGUGCGGGGCGCGCUCCGGCGCAAGCUGCCGCAGCACGCCGCGCGGCGGGGGUGGGCGCGGGCGGGGGCGCGCGGCUACUGCACACUGAGCCACCUGGACGAGGCCGGCCGCGCGCGCAUGGUGGACGUGGGCCACAAGCGGGUGACGGAGCGGGCCGCCGCCGCCGAGUGCUACCUGGAGGUGGGCGCGGCGCUGCUGGAGCUGCUGCGCGGCGCGCGCGGGCCCAAGGGCGACGCGCUGUGCGUGGCGCAGGUGGCAGGCGUGCUGGGCGCCAAGCGAGCCGCCGACCUCAUCCCGCUGUGCCACGCGCUGCCGCUGAGCGUGGCGCGCGUGCGCAUCGCGCUGCCGCCGCCGGGCGCCGCGCCGCGCGUGCGGCUCACGUGCGAGGUGCGCGCGCGGGCCCGCACCGGCGUGGAGAUGGAGGCGCUCAGCGGCUGCGCCGUGGCCGCGCUCACGCUCUACGACAUGUGCAAGGCCGUCGACAAGCGCAUGACCAUCACGGGGCUGCGCGUGCUGCGCAAGACGGGCGGCGCGAGCGGGGACUGGCCGCCGCCGGGAACCACACCCCCGCAUGAAACGUGACAGAUCUGUUGUUCAUUUGUGUUUUUAUUGUUAUUGUUAAGUAAAGUUCAUUGUCCUAUAUAAUAUAUAGGUAUUUAUACAAAAUAUAGCUAGUAAAUAUUUUUAUAUUUCUAAAUAUAGGAGGAAAUAUUUUUAUACAUUCCAAAGAGCUAUAUUAUUACAAUAAUUCAAUUUUUUUCUAUUAAAUGGUUUUAAUAAUCACAUCA